ACAAACGUUGCACAGAUGAGUUGACGUCUUAGUGUACUGGUGACUGUCCGAGGGGGCGUGUGUCUGUCUGUCUGUCUGGCCCCGUGAGGCGUCGUCAUCUGUCCUGUGUGUCUUUCUUUGACUGUUUGCUGAAGUUGCUGCUGUCAUGGAGUUCUGUCUUGGGAGGCUGGCGCUGGUGGUGGUGGUGGCGGUGGUGAUGCUGGUGGAGGGGAAGGCCUACACCCCUUCCACUAAGACUGUCUCUCUCCCCGCCCUCCCAACACAGGUCGCCGCGAGAGGGCCGUGUGCGCUCGGGCGUGAGGUGGUGGUGGGCGCCGAGGACGAGCGGGCGGUGAUGGUGGUGCUGGUGGUGGGCGGCCUGGGAGCGGGGGCGGCGCGGAGGUCCUGCCACGCCCACGGAGCCACGCCCUUCUUCCUCAACACUCAGGAGGACGCCGAUAUUCUACGUAGGAUUCUGAAGGACUGCGUGAAAACGGAGAGGCUGGGCAGCGUGUGGGUGCCCUCCCGCCGCCACGCCAGUCACAAGGGCGUGGAGCUGCCUGCCGACGGUGCUGGCGGGCCGGCGCGCGGCAACCUGGAGUACGACUGGAUGAGUGCCCACUACAACAGGACCCUUGACACCAUCAUGCUCUUCCCCUUCCCGCCCAAGAACACUAUUCGCCGGCGGGGCAUCAUCUGCGAGAGGAAGGAUGACGAGUAGACACGUGAUGGUGGAGGUAAAGCAACGCCUCUCUACGUCUCCUUACUCCUCCGCCUGUCGAGGUGUGGGUGUAGUUUGUGUUUAUGUGUCUUGCGUGCAGUGCCGCGGCGUGACCCUGAAGGGGCCGCCCAGUGUGUGUUUACUCGUUGACUGGUGCUUGGCCGCGGCGCAGACUCGUUCAGGGCUGGACGCUUUUUGUGGCCGCGCGACCUGCGGUGUGAAGGGCGGCGGCUCCCCCACCCCAGGGGGUGUGGGCGCCGGGGACGUGUUGUGUGUGUGCGUGCGUGUGUGUGUGUGUGUGUGUGUGUGUGUGUGUGUGUGUGGACUAUGCUGUGAGCAGGUGCAGUGUCCACCAGUGCCCAGAAGUAGUCACGGUGUCGGUGUUUCGUACCCUCACCCUCCUGCCUGGCCCGGCACCGCACACACGAGCGGUGCCGUGCCAGACAGCCCCGCCCCGCCCCGCCCCGCUCGUCGUCAGCUCCUUCACUAUUUGUUGUUACUCACCAAAUACAAUAAAGAUGUUAUUGGACUAAGUCUCGUGUCCGUGUUCAA